CCAAGCUUCGUAAUCGUGUAGCUUCUUUGAUGGAAAAGUUGGCUUAUGUAUAUUGAUAAGUAUUUAUAUUUAUGAUGCUUGUUAAGUAUUUAUAUUUAUAAAAUCACGCAUAUUAAAUUUUUUUACUGAUCUCGAAUUUUAAAAUAAAACCCAUGUAAUGGAUAUCGGCGAAACUACAUCGACUUUUAAUUUUGCAUCAGUUGAAAAUUCCGAUGCAUUAACUGAAAAUAUUGCAGAUGAUUUGAUAAAAAACUUGAGCUCUCCAUCCAAAGCCAUACAUCCAUUUAUCAUGGAUAAAUCGGGGUGUGAAAAGUUUAAAAUCAGUACCUUACCCAAAAUAUCCAGCGAAUACCAUCACACUGAUAUUUUUGAUAAUGAUUCGGAACACAGGAAUUCUGACUCAAUGGAUGUGGAAGAGCUAUCACACAGUACAGAUAGUUCUAAAUCUGAAAGCGUGAGUGAAGUGUCUGUUCGCUGUUUACAAAGUUACGAUGGACUGAAAAAUACCUGUGUUGAAAUGGGAUUAUCAUUUGUUGAUACAUCUGAAGAAUCCAUACACAAUAUAAAUGAGAUUGAUAGAAAACAUGAAUAUAAUUUAAAAAGCUGCUCAGUAAAAUGCUUGCAAAGUAUUGAAGAAUUGGAAAAUGAGUGUGAAAAACUCAAUUUAUGUUUUAACUAUGGUAAAUUGUAUGAAGUAGAUUUGAUAUUGGAUCGUAAAAUUGAGGGGGGAAAAACAUUUUAUCUAGUAAAAUGGCAAAAUUAUGCCCUGAAGUACAAUACUUGGGAACCUGAUUAUCAUUUAAUUGGAUGCCAAGAUAUGAUUGCUUAUUAUGAAGAUUUAAAUAGUUCUUCAUGUGAGCUGUCAAAAAGUAUGCUUGUGUAUUUCAUUCGGGAACUUACUACUCGUAAACCUUAUGAUAUUCUAACCCUCACUAAAUUAUUGAGCUUAAUAAAUGACACUUCUGAAGAUGAAAUAAACAAAUUGAAGUUGUCUUUUACACAAAUGAAACAUAAAGUAAAGGAAAUUAUGGGACGUUCUCUUUCAAAUUUUACUAAAAUCAAGCAACGGUUGAUAAAUCUAAUGAAGUUCUCGGAAAUGAGAAAACGUGUGCUGAUUAAUCUCAAAGAAUGGGAGAAAGAUCUUAAUACCCACAAUCCUGCCCCAUACAUUGAAGUGGAAAACAAUGUUGAUCUGGAAGAAGCACCUACUGGCUUUAAGUUUAUCCACGAUUAUGUAACUACAAGUGUAACAAUUAAUGAAGAACCAGUUGCAUUUUGUUCUUGUAAUAACUGUUUUGAAAAUAAGAAUUCUUGUUGUCCUCUUGACUCAGAUGCUCAUUUUGCUUACAACAAAUAUCGCCGACUUCAGUUGCAUCCUGGGUAUCCUGUGUAUGAAUGUAAUAAAUUGUGUAAAUGUGGAAAAGAUUGCAUUAAUAGAGUUGUUCAAAAUGGCCAGAAGGUCAAGGUAGCAAUUUUUAGAACUUCAAAUGGCCGUGGAUGGGGCUUAAAGACUCUUGAAACAAUCCAGAAAGACCAGUUUGUAUUAGAAUACUUAGGUGAAAUUGUGACAUCUGAUGAAGCUGAAAUGCGAGGCAAUAUAUAUGAUUAUGUUGAGCGAUCAUACUUAUUUGACUUAGAUUAUGGUGAAGAAAACUGUCAGUACACAGUGGAUGCAGGACAUGUUGGAAAUGCUGCUCAUUUUAUUAAUCAUUCGUGUGAUCCUAAUCUUCAUGUGUUUGCUGUAUGGAUUAAUCAACAAGAUCCACAUUUACCUAGACUUGCCUUUUUUGCGAAGAAGAAAAUAAAUCGUGGUGAAGAACUGACUUUUGACUAUAAGAUGGUAAAAAAUCAUGGUCGAUUUGGAGACAAACCAUCACAAUUAGAAGAAAGAAUUCCUUGUAAAUGCAAUUCUAGAAACUGCAAAAACUACUUAUUUUAGUUUUCAUAUUGAAAUUUCUGUCAGACGUAUGAAUUUUUAGAUUUUUUUUUUUUUAAAUUACAGUUGGACUGGUUAAAGAUAUGUAUUGUAGCUGUAUACCUUAAACCUUUUUAAUAUUUCAACUAAGAACUUGAAUAUGACUUUCAGAAUCAGCAUGUUUAUAAUUUGAUAUAGUGCUUGAAGCUUUUAUUGUAGUUUUUUAAAGUUGAGGUCAGUAAUUUAAAUUGAGUGUAUAUUGAACAUGUAAAAUAUUUAUCAUCCCAGUGUUUCACCCCUAUAUCUAUAACAUUUCUUUAAGCAAACUGUUGGCGAAAAGAAUUUGCUUCAUCACAUUUUACUCAUACAUUCACGAUUUUACAGUUCUUACACUUUUUGCAAGGUCCUGACAAGUGUUUUUGAGAGUUUCUCCUUUCAUAUGUGGCACAAUUUAUAUAUAUGUAUAAAUAUAUAUAUAAUCAGUUUAAAAAAAUACAAAUUGUUAUAGCAAAAUGCUAUCAAAUUUAACAUUUAUUUAUGGAUUAAAUUAUUAUUUAUAUUAUGCUAAUAAAAUAUUGUGAAAAUAUUUCAUACCGUAACACUUUAUUUUAUGAAAUAUAUAUUCAUUUUAAAAUUGUCCUUUUUCAUUUCUGAAACUUUUUACUAGGGUAAGAAAGUUUUUGGAAAAGUUCAAUUUUUGAAGCUGACUUUUUCAUAAUUUGGUUAAACUUUUCCUAUUAUAAGGUAGAAAGUGUUUUGCACUUAUGUGCUUAUUUAUUAGUUUGACUGACAGACCAUAUGACAUCCUAUGAAAUGCUUUUGUAAACUCAGCUCAUUAUAUUAUUGGUUAAAAAUUGGAGGAUGAUUUAUUAGCUUUUGCUCGAUUUGCCAUGUUUAUUGAAGAUAAAGUGGUCUAAAAUUAGAUUAUUGUAGCAAAGAAACUCUUUAUAUAAUGAUCAAAUUUCAAUUUUGCUUUAUUUACAUUAAGCAAUGGGAUUCUUUGAGAAGCAUACUAUGAAUUUUUAUACUCUUUUAUUAAAGAUCAUGGAUGGAUGAAUUCAGUAACGCUAGGAAUAGAAAAAUUUUCUUUUCUUAAUAAAUAAUAAUAAGGAUUAGAAGUAUACAUUUUCAGAGGCAAGACAAAAGCAUGUAUUGAUCAAAAUAAGAAACAUUUUAUUUUUAUGUCUAUGUGCUAAGAAUAAUUUGAAAUUUGAUUCGAAUGUUUAAACUGGAAUUUUCUAAAAAAAAUAUUCUUUACUGUAUAUAGGAAAUUCAGGCAGUUUAAUAAUCUUCAUUAAUUUUUCUACAUAUGAAGAAAUUGUUAUUUUACAUAUAUAGAUUUCCCUUAAACUAAAAUUUAUACCAAUUCCAUACUUAUAUAAUUUUCGAUUUAAGGUAACAUUCAUUAUUUAUUGUCAUAUUUCCAAAAAAUUCAUUUAGUCUCCUAUUUUAAAACUUCAUGGAAAUUUUUAAAGUUUUCACUAACAUGAAUAUUAAAUCUCAAUAAAUCCAAUGAGGACUACUGUUUGAACAUCUUGAGUGAACAUGUGGGGUAAAUACAGUUUGAGAUGCAGUAUUAUGUCAUUGUGAUAUGAAUGUUUUUCGUCUUUACUUUUUAAUUGCAAUUUUUUUUUAAAUUUAUUUUGUCAAUUGUCAAUGAAAAAGGAAAAAAAAUGGAAUUCAUUUUAAUUUUAAGGUUUUUAUUUCAACAAAUGUAAGUAAACAUUCCCUCUGAAUUUACAUUCUUUAGCUUGCUAUCCUUUUUUUUUUUUUUUUUUUUUUUUUUGAGUAAAUAAGAAUUUUUGAAUGCCAUAGAUAUAUUUGGCUCAUUUUUAUUUAAAAUUUACCAGAUUUGUCUGAUCUGUUUCUAAGGCAAAUUUCCGUAAUUUUCUUUUCAUAAUCUUGUCUUUCAUUUUUAUCGAUUGUUUCAAAAACUGUAGAAUUUUUCCAAUCUGUGAAAUAGCAUGUUGAUUUUUCUCCAAAAAUCAAAAGAACACCAAUACUUAAAAGAAUGAGUAAAAAGAGAUUUUUUCCCUUUCAUAAAUGUUGAGAAAAAAAUGUUUAUAAGUAAUGUUGAUUUUUGAAAUUAGAAUUGAAAUUUACAUUGUAGAUUUCAACUCAUUUGUCAAACUCAUAUGUUUGUUAAUUCAUACUCAGGAUCUUAUUCAAAUUCAUAAACUUUCCAAAUUUUGCAUGAAUCUAACAUUUUAAAUACAUGUGCGAGUGAAUUUUUUAGCAACUGAAAUAAAAGUACAUAAAAGAAUUUAUGUAAAAUAAUAGGUUGAGCAGUGAAAUAUUUUAUAUUUUUAAUGCAUGGGUGAAAGUAUGUAUUGAUUUUCUAAGAUCUCAAAUAUAAUAAUUUUCGAUUAAAAAUUGCAACAUUAUGCUAUAUAUAUUUAUUCUCUUAUAUAUUAACUUAUAAUUUUUCUGUAAAUGUAUCCAGAUAUUUUAAGCGGAAAAAUUUCACUGUAUUUUGUAUUAAGAAUUUCUUUUAUAUUUAACAGAUGUAGAAUGGGUGAAGAAACUAAAUACGUAACAUGGUAUGAAUUGUCAAAAAUGUAAAUAUCUUUUGUAACUGAGAAUGAAAUUUGUCUUAGCAGUUUAUGAUUUAAAAAGAACUAUAGUACAAUGUAUUUUUCAUAUAUGUAUUAUGUAUGCUAUAUUAUUUUCUUAUUAUCUUUUUGAAUUUGAUUUAACCAUCUAUGCAUUCGUUUGUUUACACCAAUUUCUAUAUGUUAAUGUGAUAUUUAUUACAUACUUGAAAGAAGUGUCAAACCGAGCUGUCAUAUAUUGCUUAUUUCUGUUUGAACUCUUUUUAUGAAAUAUAAUUUGCAGAAAUGGUAACUAAAGGCUCGGUCCAUUUCAAAUAGCUGUCAAGUAUAUAUCUAUAUUACAUUAUAGUGAUAAGAAGUUUUUGUUUAAUUAUGAGUAAAUUGCCUUAGAUGUGCCAAACCAUAACUUACUGCAUUUUUAUUUUAAUUAAUUAUAUUUAUUUAGGGUACAAAUUGGCAUCGUUGAUUGACGAAGCAAGAGUUUGUGAGCCAAACAGUCGAGCCAUCAUAUAUUGAAAACCUUAUAUAUUGAACUUUUUCAGGGAAAUUUCCAAUAGUAAAACCAUUUUUGUUUAUGAAAAAAUCCACAUAUAAUAAGCAAAAACUUAUGCUUAAAAAUUUAUAUCUAUUACUUAUAAAAGACUCCCUUGAAUUCUUUCUUAAGGAGAAAUAUAUGUGUAAUGAUAAUGUAAUUUAAAUCCUAAUUAAUUUACUGAAUUUUAUCUUAUUUCCUGAUCCGGAUUCCACUUUUUUAUUUAUGGAAUUCUACACGCACUCUAUAAAAUUAUUCUCUAGAAAGUAUAAAGUUUUAAUUACUGCAAUAUCAAUUAAAAACAUUUUACCAUUUGUGUAUUUAUCAAAAAAAGUUUUUAAUAGUUUAAUUGUUUUAAAUCUUUUAUUAUCUUAAAAUAUAUGCAUAACCGCUUUCGGUAAGAAGUACAAAUUUGAAUUUUUUCCAUUAAUCUUCAAGUUCAAUUGUAUUAAUCAAAUAGUUUUUAGGUUCUUCACUAGAUGGUUCUGUUCAUAUUUCUUCAAUUAGCCAUGGUGUCAUUAAGAUAUGAUAUUUUUUUAGAGCAUUCAAUUUUUUAAGUGGAAGAGGGAAAUUUAAUGUGAAUGUUUUUGUUGCAAAUGCUAUUUCAUCUUUAAUUGUUAGCAAGUAGGAAUUUUCUGUUCUGUAAAGAAGGAUUCUUAUAUUAAUCCUUUAAUGAUUUUUUUUUUCAUUUUUGUUAAUUUUGAACUAGGGUUUUUUUUUAAUUUUUUUUUUUAUUGAACAUUUAUGAAUCCCCCGUGUACCACAAAGUAUCACACGGGGCUUACAGAAGUAAGUAUGUAACACAUUACAAAAAGAAAAAUAAGAAAAUUUAACAGUUAUGAAGGAUUACAUAUGUCAACAAUAAAUUUACAGAAAUUUUCAAAAGCACUUCUAGUGGAAAUAAGUUGGUGAAACUCUGUAAGCCAAUUUAAAUUCAUGUGCUUAAGAGCCAGUCUUAGGAUCUGUCUUUCUUUGACAAACUUGGAACAUAGAAGGAGCACAUGUUCAACAUUUUCCUCCCCACCAAUAUCACAAUCGCAGGAAGAUGACGGAAACAAAUUAAAUUUGUACAAGUAACUUUUAAAGUUACCAUGACCAGUUAGAAAUUGAGUUAUUUUGUAAUUAGUAUAAAAAUGAUGGCAUGACAGUCUCUUAUUAAUGGAUGGAAAAAAUUUCUUUGUUAAGCUCCCUUUAUUUGAAAGGAGGUAUUCUUGAUUCCAAGACUCCACCAUUUUUUCUCUCGUAAUCUUCUUGUAAAAGGAUUUAGGAAUAUUAACGUCUUGAACUAGGGUUAACUCAGGUCUAUAAGUUUGCUUUUUUAAUUGUACAUUUAUGUUGUAAUUUAUUUAUUUAAUUUUAAUGGUUUUAAUUUUUUUGCACCUUGAUGAAUUACAUUCAAAAUAAAAAUACCAGUAUUUUAUUAAUAAAUACAUAUUUUAUUGUGGAACAACCAGGUUCUGGAAUGUGUACAGAAAUUAUUCAGAUUUUAAUUAAAAUCUGAAUAAAAUAUUAUUUUUAAAAUUUGUAGUAUAUUAAUGGAAUUGUUACAUAUUUACUGACAUGAUAAUAAGUUAAUAUUAAAACGUUUUUAACUUAUUCAAAUUGUUUUGAUGUAGUGUUAUAGGGUUUUUCUAUUGUGAAA